AUGCUGGCCAAAUUCGGCAAUGUUAGUGGAAAGACUGGCUUGAGGCUGAAUCUUAUGAAAAUCAAAUACAAAGUGGUGUUCAUGAACAACGGAUUUGGGAUUAAUGCUUCCUUUACGCCAAAUGAAAAGAAUAUCUCUGAAGAAUCUAAGUACUUGUAUUUAGGUGGAGAAGGCAACGACAGGAAUCAAAGUUAUGGUGCGCCGGCGAUAUUACGCGAUAUCGUCAUGACCAUUGGACCACGGCUGUAA